UUCAACAAGGACUUAUAAAUUUUUGUAUACUCUUUUAUAAACAUUUAUAUAUAUUUAUAAAUAAUCAACAAAAAAAAAUUUUUUAUGGAAAAACUUAAAAUUAUAAUGAAUUAAAAAAUUGUUUAAGAAUUUUAUUAUUUUUGGAGUAAUUUAUUAUUUUUAUUUAAUUUAUUUUGGAAUAACUCAAAAUGCGUGAGUGUGUGUCAAUUCACAUUGGACAAGCUGGAAUUCAAUUAGGAAAUUCAUGUUGGGAACUUUAUCUUCUUGAACAUGGAAUAAAUUCCGACGGAUCAGUAUCAAAAAAUGACAAAAUUCCCACAGAAUUGGAAAAUGACACAUUUUUUCAACGAUUAAAAAAUGACAAAAUGGUACCACGUUCAGUUUUUAUAGAUCUUGAACCCACGGUAAUAGAUACCAUUCGUUGUGGUAUUUUUAAAAGCCUCUAUCAUCCAACGUCUAUGAUCAAUGGAAGCGAAGAUGCUGCGAAUAAUUUUGCCAGAGGAUAUUAUUCAAUUGGCAAGAGUAUUGUGGAAAAAUCCAUAGAACGAUUGAGAAAAAUAUCCGAACAAUGUGACAGUUUACAAGGCUUUCUAAUCACACAUUCCAUCGGUGGAGGAACUGGCUCAGGAUUUACAUCACUUCUAAUGGAAAAUUUAUCGAUGAAUUUCGACAAAAGAAGUAAACUUCAAAUAGCAAUUUAUCCUGCUCCACAAGUUUCCACUGCAAUUGUCGAACCUUAUAAUUCAAUUUUAAAUACACACACGACAAUGGAUGUAGCUGAUACAACUUUAAUAGUUGACAAUGAGGCGAUUUAUGAUAUAUGUCAUAAAAAUUUAAACGUUGAUCGUCCAACUUACACAAAUCUUAAUCGUCUGAUAAGCCAAGUUGUAUCAUCAAUAACGGCAUCAUUACGAUUUAAUGGCGUUCUAAAUGUUGAUCUCAUUGAAUUUAAAACAAAUCUCGUACCAUUUCCUCGUAUUCGUUUUCCAUUGAUCGCUUAUUCGCCAAUAAUACCGGAGAAUUCGUCACAUAAUAAUUUUAAUAUCGCCGAAAUUACAACAGCCUGCUUUGAACCGUGUAAUCAAUUUGUUAAAUGCGAUCCACGUCAAGGGAAAUAUAUGGCAUGUUGUAUGCUCUAUCGAGGCGAUGUUGUUCCAAAAGAUAUUAAUGAUGCAAUUGUCGCUAUGAAGAGAAAAAAAUUUAUCCAAUUCGUUGAUUGGUGUCCCACGGGUUUUAAAAUUGGAAUAAACAAUCAAUCUCCAAUUGUAACGUCAGCAUCGGACUCAUCAAAAACACCUCGUGCAUGUUGUAUGUUAUCUAAUACAACAGCAAUAGAAACCGCGUGGAGGCAAAUUAAUGUAAAAUUCGAUCUUCUUUAUUCAAAAAGAGCUUUUCUUCAUUGGUACGAGGGUGAAGGUAUGGAGGAAGCUGAAUUUUCCGAAGCCAGAGAAGAUCUUGCAAUACUUGAAAAAGACUAUCAAGAAAUUGAAAAAAGCUGAAAAAUCUUAAUAUUUUUUUUUUAUCAAAUUUUAUUCAAUUUGUAACGUUUUGUAUACAGUCCCUUUUUGUAAACUUUAUGUGCAUCAUUUUUUUAAAGUAUAUUUUCAUUUUUAAUUA